AUGACGAUUGAGACCAAAAGCUUGAGUGGCAUGCAGCAGCGUGCGGCUGGUCACCGCUUGCACAACCGUAUGGUGCUUCAAAAAUUAGUGGUAUAUUCGAUCCUCAUGGUCGUGGUCCCUUUGAGCACGUUCUACAGCGUACGCAGCAUAUUCAAACCCGGAGAGCCAAGCAGUCAGUACGCAGAUGCAUGGAGUGGAUUCGCGGCAGUGCUUUCUGUGAAUCUCGUCAUUGGGCUUUACAUUCUGUCGGCGUGGAAAGAGAAUGACGAGAAAGAAGUGGCCCCACCUGUCGGACGUUUUGCCAAGGCAAAAGAGCAAUAG